AUGGAGAACGCGCCUUUAACUCUCGCGCAUUCCCAUGCCCGCAACGCCGCUCUCGAAACGCGGAAGGCCAACGCCGUCGUAGCCAGUCAAGAGCAUGAUCUAGCUGCUGCUGAGUUCGCAAAAGCCACGAGAGGCACUGAGGAUACUGAAGCACUCCGUACCCUGCGACUCCUGGAAGAUCACCAUCGUCGCUUGUCUCAGAUAAUAAAGGCACCCUCCACUACGACUUUCUUCAGCGAGAAGCAAGAGGAAGGCUCAGAGAAAUCUUCCACAACGCCCGCUGAGCAGCAAGCUGUCGGCGCGCGCCCGUUGUCCCCAACCCGCACGGCAAAGCCUUCAUCUCCUGUUUCAACCCGUCGAAGGCCCGCAAGAGACCUUCAGUCCUCUAUCGCCAGUAAUCUAGCUACCGCAAGAGGCAUACCAGGGUCUCAACAGCGACGAGGAACGCCAUCAUUGCCCGCCGUAUCCGCCCAACAUGUUGGCGGCAGGCUCUCCACUCGCCCCGAUAAGGCCGGUCCAUCAGAGGAGCAAACAUCGUCCAAGGAGCCCUCCCAACGCCCCCUCCGACCGACCUCCGAAGCCCUCGCCGCGCUCAAGCAACCCUCCACCAAGCAGCCCGCCUCCACCAUCAACCCACCGCCUCCAACCUCCACAGACGAGCCGUUCCAAAAAUUCUUCUCGACCUUCGAAUCCCUCUUCACCAAGCUCUCCGCACCCCUCGCCUUCGCCGGCCUCCCCCUAGACGCCUCAACCCCGUCCGUGGCCCCCUCCGCCCCCUCCCCCACCACCCCAGCCGCCGUCCCCGCAGCCUCCACCCCCCAUACCCGCGCAACAACCGACCCGGAAUACUCCCAACUCUUCUCCCGCGCCGCCCUCCGCGCCCUCCGCGAAGACAAACACAACACGCACGGCACGCCCUUCGGCGGCGCCGAGAGUUUCUACCUGGUCCCCACGAGCGGGGGGACGGUGAGCUACGCCGACAUCCUCGCGCAGCACCACCACCACGGCCACGCACUCCCGCAUCCGCCGCUGCCCGGCGUGCCCGAGGAAAGCGGCUCAGGCAACAUGGACGAGUUCGUCGACGCGCGCGAGGAUCCACAGACGCCCGACUCGCCGCGCUCGGUGCGAGCAGGCCCCGCCAAGACCGCAACCGCAACCGCAGCAACGGCUACCGCGAAACAGGAGCAGCAUGUCGCCCGCAAGACGCGCGAGGAGCUCGAGCUCGAAAACGGCGCCCUGCGCCAGCUGCUCGAUACGCAGAGCCGACGUCUCGCGAUGUGGGAAGCCAGUUCGCAGAGCCAGAGCAUGGCGCUGGCACAGAGCGUGCACAGGCUGCCGCACCCUCACGGCGGUGGGGGUGGGCCGCCCUACCCCACCUCCCCAGCAUCCUCGCGCCGUCCCUCGCUCGCCCCGCCCGCCGACGCCGCCGACGCCUCCGCCCCCACAGUGGCGGCAGUAGAACCUACCACAAUAGCCCUGCGCGACCUCGAAGACCGCCUCCGCAUCUCCCAAGCCGAGACCGCGCAGCUGGCGCGCGAGAACGAGAAGCUGCAGACUGUGCUGGGCCGGUAUCGCGAGAAGUGGGAGGUGCUGAAGCAGGGGGCCAAGGAGAGACGGAGCGCGAGGAUCGCGGGGGGGGAGGGGGGAGGGAUGGCUGGGAAGGGUGGGGGCGGUGGAGGUGAUGUGGGCGGGGAUGGCGCGGGUGAUGGGCUCGCGGUGGAGGGGAGGGGGCUUGAUCAGUUGAGUUGA